AUGAACUUACCAAACGAGUCGUUCGUGUCUAUUAAAGACAUAAAGACCGGGCAGAAAAACUUAAAUGUCGUCUUUAUUGUGCUGGAGAUCGGCAGAGUCACAAAAACUAAAGAUGGGCAUGAAGUCAGGUCGUGCAAGGUGGCAGAUAAAACGGGGAGCAUCACAGUCUCUGUGUGGGAUGAAAUUGGAAGCCUUAUCCAGCCCGGAGACAUAAUACGGUUAACCAGAGGGUAUGCCUCUUUGUGGAAAGGAUGCCUAACGCUGUACAGUGGAAGAGGAGGCGAGCUUCAAAAAAUAGGAGAGUAA